GCUUUCAGUCUAAUUACUGACGCUACCCGACAGGUGUCAGCACGCGUCCUCUAACAAACCUCAAAGAAACCACAAAAUGGCUACCAAAAUAUUUGUUGGAGGUCUUGCAUGGGAAACCAAGCAAGAAGAUCUUGAAGCCUACUUUGGAAAGUAUGGCAAUGUCACGGAUGUUCGCAUCAAGAUGGACAACCAGCAGCAGCCACCAAAGUCACGUGGAUUCGGAUUUGUAACAUUUGCUUCACCCGAUGGAGUCAAAGCUGCUCUGGCUGAUAAACAUACAUUACAUAGCAGAAACCUAAACUGUGACUUGGCUAAGACACCCGAAGCUGCAAGGAAGGUAUUCUUGGGAGGACUGAGUCCAGAUGUCCCUGAAGAUGAAAUCCGAAGAUACCUGGAUGGAUAUGGAGAGAUCGAAGAACUUAUCCUCCCCAAGGAUCGUCAAAAUGACAACAAGAGAAAGGCAUUUGGCUUCGUUACAUUUGUCAGUGAGCAGUCCGCCCAAAGGAUGCUUGAUGAAGGCACUCAUCAGAUUGGAAAUGGAGAUAGACAAGUAGAAGCCAAGAAAGUGACUCAGAAAAGAGAUAAUAAUCAAGGCUUUGGUGGAGGAUACGGACAACAAGGAGGAUAUGGAGGCGGUGGCUACGGAGGUGGCGGUGGCUACGGAGGUGGCCAAGGAGGAUACGGAGGCGGUGGCUAUGGAGGAUAUAGCGGUGGCAAUCAAGGGUAUAGUAGUGGCGGCGGCGGUUACGGAGGUGGCAGCGGAAGCUACGGGGGUGGCUAUGGAGGUGGCGGCAGCGGUGGCUAUGGAGGUCAGGGAGGCUAUAGUGGCGGAGGUGGCUACAACAACUACUAGUCAUCCAACCACCCCAUAUAAACUGUUCGGCAAACAGAUGCAUCCAGAAAAUCUAUGGAGUUGACAUUUUUCUGUUUUAUUGCCUUACUUUGAUUACAAUUUCACUCUAUUCACACCUGGUUCCCAAAUCCAGGUAGUCAUCUCAUGCUAUGCACACUCAGUGUUUAGUAUAUGGAUCUAUGAUGUCUCGGACUCACUAAUCUAAAUACUGCAAAUUAGGAUCAGAUCUUGUAAGAUAUAUAUUUUGGCCUCGAAAUUGGAUACAACUAGUUUUAUGGACUUAAAUGUACAGUUUAAACAACUUCAAUGAUUUCUGUUAGCAAUUAUACAGAGACCAAUGUGUGAAUGUGAUAUAAGGGAUUCAUGUGCAUGACCACUAAAUUGUACAGUUCAGAAUUCAAAAGUUUUGUGCCCCUUGUCUCACAUUCACACCAAUCACAGAGCAUUAAAACAGUUACCACUCCCUAUUACUGUGAAAUAGACUCAUCCAUUUGAAUGUUUAAAAUGUAGAUGGGUUAAUCUAUUGUUAAAAGGGGGUGAUAGCAAGUGCCAAUGAUUAGCUUUGGACAUCUUUAACACAAGAUACUGGUCCUGAGCCUAAAUCUGAAUAUGAAUGUACCUUAACUAAAGUUAAAGGUGUACAAUAGUUGUAUAUUUGUAGCAUAAGUGUAUUUGUAUAUAUUUAUUGCCAUCUAAAAUAAGAUACAAAAUACAGAGCAAGCCAUACUGUAGCCGUGUUUUACUAUAUUUAGCAUUUUUGCAUACUCUGGAGCUAUGGAUUUUUCCAGUUUUGGUUUAUCAGGUUCCCAUCGUGUAUAGCAUUGUUUUAUUUUUGCAAAAUGUCCAAAACUGUGAAAAUCCAUAGCUUGCAAAAAACUACACGGCUGUGGUAUAUUGAAUCAUUCAGAAUGACAAGUAAUACACAUUUUAGUCAAAGUAUGUACAAUAUUUGCAUUGAGCCAUUGUAUUUUUGUGUGCUGCCCCUUGCAGCCGCCAUAGUCAUGUUUUGCAU